AUGUCACAAGGAUCAUAUUGUGUACUAUCAUUGGAUGGAGGAGGAGUUAGAGGGAUAAUAGAGACAGCAAUUCUAUCUAGAAUCAUAAUGGUAUAUCCCAAUUUUUUAGACAGUGUUGAUUUAAUUACAGGCGCGAGUGCUGGAGGUAUAUUGGCGUUGGUAUUGGCUUCUGGCAAGUCAAAUAUAGAGGCACAAGAUUUUUUCAAAAAGCUUGCACCUGCCAUUUUUCACAAGAGCUGGUUCCAUGAGAUCACCAGUCUCGACAGUUGCAUUGCACCUGCCUACACCAAUGCCAAAUUAAAAGAAGUGUUGGCACAAGAGUUUGGCGAUCUUCGUUUAAAAGAUCUACCCAAAAAGGUAUUGAUUCCUAGUUUCCAAUUGGACAACCACUCAACCGCCCACAUUCCCGAAGAGGACAAGGUUAAAAAUGCAGAUGGAUCGGGUGUCUAUGAAGACGAUGACGAUGAUUUCGAAAUCAUCCCUCACCACGUACCCCCACGCAAACAACAACAACACAGACGUUGGGCACCACGUUUCUUCCACAACCUCCAUCACUCCAAGACCAAGAAUCACAAAUGUGUCGAUGUUGGUUUGCGUACCAGUGCCGCACCCACCUAUUUCCCCAUCUAUCAAGGUUUUGUAGAUGGUGGUGUCUAUGCCAACAAUCCAUCGCUUUGUGCAGUCACUAGUGCCAUCUCGUCGGGUGUACCACUCGAUUCGAUUGUCGUCUUGUCAUUGUCAACUGGUCGUGACGGAAUGUUUGUGUCACCGGAACAGUAUGGAGCAGGUGACUGGGGUCUCGCUCAAUGGGCUCCAACUCUUAUCAACAUGUUGUUGGACAGUAACGUAGAAAUCUCUGAUUUCCAAUGUGCUCAAUUGCUCGGUGGUCACUAUCAUCGUGUCGAUCCACUCCUCCCAAAGGUCAUUGAUUUGGAUCAACCAAACUUUAUCCCACUUCUCGAGGAAAUCGCCAACAAUGUCGAUAUCACAGAUACAUUGAAUUGGAUCAAACAAUAUUGGUUCAAUGAGAAACCACAAGUCAAUUUUACCAAAACUCCAACCACCUCUCCUUCUCUCUAUGCAAACAAAAAGGAAUGUUGUCAACAUCAUCAACAACAAUCAGUACCACCAACUAUUAAACCACAAUUCCAAACUACCAAUGAUGAAGGAAAACAAGUUGGUCAAGAGGAAGAAAUGGAAGAAAAGGAACAAACAGAAAAACAAAUAGAACAAGAUGAAACGAUUACAUCACAACUUUCAUGUAUCUCAUCAACAAUGGAGGUUAUUGAUAAUUAUCAAGAAUCUGUACAACCAGAAGCAGCAGAAACGGUAUCAACAACCCAAGAAAGCAGCACAAAUACAACACCCACCAACAGUAAUAAUAAUAGUGCAACCUAUUAUGGUGGGGCUGACAGGCGUUAUUGUACCAUUCAAUAA